UUACUUGUAUUGUAGUCACACGAAAGUGGCAUUCACUUUUUUCCUAGAAUACAAUGCAUCAUUAGAGGAAACCUCAUCGAAUGCAAGUAGGUGUCGGCUAGAUGAAAACACCACCCAGUAGUAGGCAUUCCUGCAACUAAAUUAAAUGAUAUUGCUUUGAUUUACUGAUAUACCAUUGCUUUAAAAGGUCGAAUGAUACCUUUCUUCAUUGAUGUCUGCUGCAGCAUCACAUUUCUAGAAUAACAUUUACAAAAACCUAAGGAACAUGCUCUCAAAAUGCACUUUCACUGUGAUUUUAAAGACAAGCAAUUCUGUAAACAAUGCUGCUUUUGUAGUCGUGUGUGUGUGUGUAUGUGUGUGUGUGUGUUUACUCAUAUUAGAACACUUUGAAUAAUUUCCAGUCCAUCAGGUUUUCCACAAUGAUUUCCCCAAAGUUAUCCUCUGUUCUAUCUUUUGCAGUCACAACAAUGCAGAUCACGUCCAAAGAAAACCCCACAUCCCCAGCUAAGUGUGUGCACUUUGGUGAGGAAGGUAUAUCAACAAUAUAUCAUACAGUGUAUCUUAUGCUCUCCAGCCAUCCUUGAAUGCUUGGGGAGAGGGAUUGUGAGACAGACAGGCCCACUCAAAGAUAAAAGGACUGAGUCACACGAGAGAUAAGAAAAUAAGAAUGAAUUAAAGAAUGAUUUGAUAGUUUUGUACUGAAAUGAAAGCACGUGAUUUCUAAUGGGAUUGACAUUACAUUUCACCAACAUGUGUCCCAUUGAGAAAAUGAACCUCAGUAAACUAGCAUGUGAUGUGAUAGUGUUGCAAUGUCUACACAACUUUGAAGGCUGUGUUUACCUUUUAAAUACUACUCUCUCCUCUCGGUCUACAAUUGUGUUGGCAUUCUUUUAAUUGAAUGACAAUUACCGAUUUAUCCAGCUGUUCUCCAUAAUGUCCCAAACUGAGGCGAUGACAUUUGCCUGCAACAGCAUGUGUACUUCGGCCUCCAUCAGCCCUGUGCUUUGAUGCCAUCUGGUGGCCGUUGUGAACUAUCACAAGGACAAGUACACUGACACAAAACAACUGCUUGUGUCAUCAAAUGUAUGUCACCGUCUGUGCUGUUAUCCUCAGGUCCUUUCAGGUAAAUAUGUAUACGAAAGGGCCAGAAAUCCUAAACGGCUCUGUUAUUGUCUGAUACAGUGAAUAAACCAACCUGUGAUGUGAAGCUAAGGGCCAACUGUGGAGCAUCCAAACAGCGUAAUAAUCAACAGCUGUUUUACAUUUUACCGAUGAAUCAAAUGCAGGACAGAUAUCCUGUAAAUCAAGACAAAGACGUUUAAAAAAUAACGUUCCUCACUGCAGUUUAACUUGAUUUAAGCGAACACGGAAGUACGUGACAGAUACAUAUCUUGCCGUAAACGAGAAACACACAAACAACAUUUCCCAGACUGCACCGCGCGUUCUAGUGACAUCUACGCAACGAUGAGGUGAAAGCGGUUGUUUUCGUCUCUAUGGUUGUAAGUAGCUGCCUGUAGAUCGAGGUAAUAUAGCAGCUGUUACAUCGUAAUAAACGCGCCCCGGUCUGUGGGGGUUUUCCGCUUCUCUCUGGAAUAACCGCCGGACUGAGGGAUUCACCCCACGCUUAGUUGUUGUGGUGAGUUCAUCGCCAUGUUAUCAUCUGUUCCCACCAGGCUGAUCGCGCAAAGGUCGCGCAGCCUGUCACCGUGCCGCCGCGUGCUCCAGACCAGCGCAAGCGGCGCCACGUGCCAGGGCGUCCGCGAGACAGAGAUCAACUGCAACCCGAUCGUGUCCACCUCGCGAGUCUCCAGACGGGGGAUUUUAGCCGAAGAGACCCCCGGUGCCAGUGUGAACCCAUUGGUGCAGUACCACCAUCUCGCCCCUAGAUGGCUGUCCAGCCUGCAGAACCGCCGCGGCUCGUGGGCGGCGCUGGCCAGCAGAGGGCGCAACAACAACCAGUACUGGGAGGAGAGCGGGCAGAGCGGUGGUGGUGGUGAGGGCCGGGGGACAGGUGGAGGAGCCGGCCGGGCAGGAGCGGCCUCCGUCGGGGUGCUGUCUGCUGCUGCAGUGGCCUUCUGCCUGAAGAAAGAUUCUGAUAACAAAGGUGAUGCUCUUCUGGAGGCAGCGAGGACCAAUAACUCUCAAGAUGUGGCCAGGCUGGUAAAAGAGGGAGUCGACCCGAACCACCGCCACCGCCUGGGUUGGACCGCUCUCAUGGUGGCUACCAUGAACCGACAGCACAGUGUGGUGAAGGUUCUGCUGGAAGCCGGUGCCGACCCAAACGCCGGUGAUCACUUCAACAACGUUUACGACACCUCGCGAGAGAAAGGCAUCCACUCACUGGAAGUCCUCGUGUCCAGAGAGGAUGAAUUUAGCAGCAGGCUCAGCAGCAGGGCCGGCUUCCACGGUUGCACAGCGCUCCACUACGCCACGCUGGCUGACGACCCGAACACUGUCCGCAUGCUGCUGGAGGCCGGUGCCAACCCCCUGCAGACCAAUGGUUUGGGACACACAGCCCGGGCCUAUGCUAAAGAGGGGGAGGCGAGCAAAGUACUGCAGGAGUUUGAGGGGAAGUUCCAGGAGUUGCAGGCUCGGCGGGAGGCGGAGGAGAGGCGGAGGUUCCCCCUGGAGAGGAGGCUGAAGGAGCACAUCAUCGGACAGGAGGGGGCCAUCAAUACUGUGGCCUCAGCCAUCAGGAGGAAGGAGAACGGUUGGUACGACGAAGAGCAUCCUCUCGUGUUCCUCUUCCUCGGCUCGUCAGGAAUCGGAAAGACAGAGUUGGCCAAACAGGUGGCUCGCUACAUGCACAAGGACUUGAAGAAGGGUUUCAUCCGUAUGGACAUGUCCGAGUUCCAGGAAAAACACGAGGUGGCGAAGUUCAUUGGCUCCCCGCCGGGAUACGUGGGACAUGAAGAAGGGGGUCAGCUGACCAAGCUGUUGAAGGCGUGUCCCAACGCCGUUGUCCUGUUUGACGAAGUGGACAAGGCCCACCCUGAUGUUCUCACUAUCAUGCUGCAGCUCUUUGACGAGGGUCGCCUCACAGACGGUAAGGGGAAGACCAUCGAAUGCAAAGACGCCAUCUUCAUCAUGACGUCUAACAUUGCAAGUGACGAAAUCGCCCAGCACGCACUGCAGCUUCGCGAGGAAGCUGAGGUGGUCAGCCGCAGAAAGCUGGCCGACAACCUCGAGGAAGUACAGAAAGGUGAUGACGUCAAAAUCUCCCGACAGUUUAAAGACUCUGUGAUUCGACCGAUCCUGAAGGCUCAUUAUCGGAGGGACGAGUUUCUGGGUCGGAUCAAUGAGAUUGUGUACUUCCUGCCGUUCUGUCACUCAGAGCUCCUGCAGCUGGUCACCAAAGAGCUCAACUUCUGGGCCAAGAAGGCCAAGCAGCGCCAUGGCAUAAAUCUUCAGUGGGAGCGCCCGGUUCUGGACCUGUUGGCGGGCGGGUAUAACAUGCACUACGGAGCACGCUCCAUCAAACAUGAGGUUGAGCGGCGCGUCGUCAACCAGUUAGCGGCGGCAUACGAGCAGCAGCUGCUGCCCAAAGGCUGCACCCUGCGUCUGUCCGUCCAAUCAGAGGACCAGGAGCGGAGCGCGCCCAGUCUGCGCCUCGAGGUGGUGGGAGAGGACAGCUCAUCAAGAACGCUGGACAUCCGUCCAUCGCUCAGCCCUGAACACUAACACGACACAGAAACACAAGAGAGAUGUUUACGCACACGUGUACACUCUCAUCACACACGCACACAAUAUCAUCAUCAUCCUCUUCUUAGUGUCAGGAGGAAGGGUGGUUCUUGAUGGAUGUUACCAAUAAAAGUACCUCUGAUGAAACACAUCACUGCCUCUCUGUUUCAGGACACACGUGCAGUAAUUACAUGCCAACUUUUCCGCAAUAUGCAAUACAGUAUCUGCCAACAGUGUGUGCUGUAAACAGUAUAUCAAGUCAGCCUACUUGACCGUUAAAGUUAAUGUUACGACAGACUUUCAUAUCAGCUGGGACUGAUAUCAUGAGCUGUGCACACAGUCUCAAGUGUAGGGUAGGUAAAUGUGUUGCAUGUUGAUUAGCGCCGUGCAGCUUCACGAACAAACAUCUCACCGUCGGUGGAAUGACGCCAUCGCGUUCGCUGAAACACAAGAUGUGCAUCGUUAAGUUUGUAGUCGCCUACUGUCGGUCAACUUAGCUGUGACGUAGUGGUGAAGUUAAUGUCCACUUUAUAGUAUAGAACACUGACAACAGAGAGAUUAUUUAAUAUUUAUUAAAGAUAUAUAUUAUGAACAGUGGUAUAUCUGACAGUGAGAGGAUGAAUGGCAGUUUUGUCGACAGGAGGUCAAAUGGGGAAAUCAUUUAAUGGAUAUUGACAGGAGAAUGUUAACGAGUAGCUAAACGUAAACCUCUUAAAUACUUAAAAAGUUAUUUGGUUUAAGAACUACGAUGUUUUGCCAAAAUUGGACAAAUAACAGCCACUUUGGGUUUGUCCGUUUGCUGUGAAGAAGUGGGAAGUAUUGAUGACCAAAGAUAGUUCGACAUUGUCUGAUUGUUGCCUGUGUUCACUUUAAUGCACAUUUCACUCACCAGCAGAGCUUCACUGAUGCAUGUCAGUAAACACAACCUGCUUAUUCAUCUCAUUUCAGUAAAGAACGUGUAAGUGGAGAAAGACGAAACGUAUAUCGCAGCCCAUUUGAAUGAUGGGUAAUGAACCUGCCUAGUGAAUUGUCUCUGUUGAUGCAUGUUGAUGUAAAAAAUAAGUCUCGUCUGUCACGACUGUUCUCUGGUGCUGUACAGUGUGUGUGUGUGCACAGCAAAGUCUAUUCAUAGAGGAAUAACACUCAAAGUGCUGUUUCAUAAAUGUUUAAACAGCAUGUUGACGAGGCGCCAAAUGUAAUCGAGCUACAUUUUUAAUUCUUGUAUCCCAACCUCCACCGUGUAAAUAAAGUCAUCACAACAAAAA